GGCAUUCUGAGUGUGAUUGUGUGAACUCUAUGAUGUUCAACAUUUUUUUGAGCCAGAUCCCUCUAUCUCCAGCUUUAGAAUCUUUAAAAUGGAAAGAUAAAAAUUUUAUCCCCGGACUAACGUGUUGGGAGGUGAGCAAAGAAAGAUGGAUUGGCCAGAUGAGGCGGUGGAAGUUUGUCGAAGUUGAAAUCUAACGCGUGGCCGAAAUUCCGGUCGAAGCUGUGAUCAAUGUUGUUUCGUUUCUUUUCUUCGAACUGGCUCUGCUUUCGUUCCAUUCCAAAAAGGAGUUUGAAAAUAUGGAUGGAUACCUUUUCUCCGGCCCAGAUGAAACCGGGAUUUUAAGAUCCGUGAUACAUUGGGAAGCAACACUAGUUUGACAUCUUCUAGGACACUAUAACUUGCUCUUUUCUCAGACUCCUUUCAAUCCUCCACCAUUUAUAAAUUAAUAAUUAAUUGUUACGCAGUAUAAAUAUUCUACUACUGCGAUUACCGCCCCCCUCGGUAAAAAUAAAUAAAUUAAUCUGCAUUCAUAUACUCAAAGGUUUGGUUUUUAAUCCCUAAUCAUAGGAAAGGAGCCAAACAGAUGAUACUAGUGAAGGCUAUGGGUUUCUUUGAUUUUUUAUUUGGAAGGGAUUGCAGAAGGUUCAGCUUCAAGCGAAAAUAUAGUGACGCAGGGGAAGCAGGGCGAGCAUUGGAAGAACUUAGAAGUAGUACACAUAAUAAUGAGCUCCGAACGUCGGAAGGGGCGAAGCGCCAACAACAGAGGUAUUGUGGGCCGGUGGUUGCGAUGGCGUUUAAUUUCAUGGUUGCUGUUGGAAUAAUCCUCGGAAACAAGCUCGUGAUGGGUAGAGUUGGGUUCAAUUUCCCUAUCCUCCUCACUUUGAUUCAUUAUACAUGUGCUUGGGUCCUACUAGCCGUUUUCAAGGCGUUGUCGAUUUUGCCGGUUGCUCCUCCUUCUAAAUCCACACCCUUCUCUUCCCUUUUUGGUUUGGGAGCCGUCAUGGCUCUCGCAUCUGGCCUUGCUAACACUAGUCUUAAACAUAACAGUGUAGGUUUCUAUCAAAUGGCUAAGAUUGCUGUGACUCCAACAAUUGUCAUUGCUGAGUUCAUUCUUUUCACAAAGAAAAUCUCAUUUAAAAAAGUUUUGGCUCUUCUGUUAGUCUCGUUCGGUGUGGCAGUUGCUACUGUGACAGAUUUAGAAUUCAAUCUCUUUGGCGCUUGCAUAGCAAUAGCUUGGAUAAUCCCUAGUGCCAUAAAUAAAAUCCUAUGGUCUAACCUCCAGCAGCAAAGGAAUUGGACUGCCCUCGCGUUGAUGUGGAAAACAACCCCCAUCACAAUAUUUUUCUUACUGGCUCUUAUGCCAUGGUUGGACCCACCAGGGGCUUUAUUAUUCAAGUGGAAUGUCCAUAAUGUCACUGCCAUUCUUGCAUCUGCCUGCCUCGGUUUCCUCUUGCAAUGGUCCGGAGCCUUAGCACUUGGAGCUACAUCUGCAAUCUCACACGUUGUAUUAGGGCAAUUCAAGACCUGUGUGGUUCUACUGGGAGGGUAUUUACUUUUCAGUUCAGACCCAGGGAUGGUGAGCAUAUGUGGGGUCAUUGCUGCACUUUGCGGGAUGUCGAUAUACACGCUGCUUAGCUUGAAAGAAUCAAGUGACUACAUCCCUAAGCAUAGUCUUUCUCCAAAGCUUGUAACACAUGAUGAUGAUUCAAAAGCAGCACAUCAUGCUCCUACCCCGCCUGCAAUCUGACCUUUUAAUGCAAAUCUCUUUUCAACAAGAAAAGUUGUGCCUCUCAUAUACUCUUUUGUACAUUUUUCAUAAAUUAGGAAGUCCAAUCUCACUCAUUUUGAAUUCUAAUCUCCCUCUUGUUUUUUUACAUAAAGAAAAACAAAGUGCAC